AUGGAUCCAGCAUCAGCUUUUGGCACCGUAACUGGUGCCAUGCAAACAGUGCAGAUUAUUGGCAGCACCGUUCAAGGCCUGCGAGCCUUGCAGGGCAAAUAUGCCGAUGCGGAUAUGACCAUUCACUCGCUUAUUGUCCAAGCUGCCACGAUCAAGUCAGCCAUCACACAGCUUCAAGAAUGGGCAACUUAUAAUUCUAGUAGGGCCGAGCAUCCUGACUAUCUAGAUGGGUUGGAUAUCGCCAUAGAUGGCUGCAAGACAAGCAUGGAAUGCCUCUUUGCGCAGGUCUCAAAAGUAACGAGCGUACUUGAUGGCAGAGAGAUGCCUGACCUGCGUGUCACUGCGAGGAUGCGAGCUGUUUGGAACGAUCAUCUGAUGCGGGACUAUCAGCAGCGGCUCCAGUCCCAAGUCCUAGCAUUGAAUUUUCUGUUGCAAGUUUGCCAAUGUCGCACAGUUACAGAGCAAGUUGAGCUACUACGGAGGGAAGAGAAUAGACGGCUACUGAAAAAAGUUGCCGACGAUACCGAGACGCUGCGAAGUUCAGUUAGGCAACUAGGUAACUCAUCUACUCGAAGUAUUACCCAGUCGACAAUCAGUGAGACUACUUUAGAUGUCGAUGAUAUAAUUGUGAAUGCAGCCGCGUAUAGGAGGGCUCUGGCACAUAACCGUGCCAUAUUAAACCGUGCUUCCGCAGAGGAAUCAAUUCCCCCCGCAACAAAUCAGCCCCAAAGCCCAAUGUCCACAACUACCGACGAGGGCUAUGCAAGCGGUACCGUUCGGUCCCAAUCAUUUAGGGGAAGUAACACUCUUUCGUAUCCAAGUACGUUUCUUGAGCCAAUGGACAACAAUACACCGGAAACAUUACAGCCACAGGGACAGGGGGAUAUCGGGAGAAGUGCUUCGCUGGCUGUAUCACAAACUUCAGCGAACCCUACACAACCUAUAAUUCGAAGAUGGCAAUCAAACCCUAUACCGCUUCACAAGUCAGGCUCAAAGAGGGAAAAGUUUCGCAAAGUUCUUGGAAGAUUAGAUACUUCAAGUCGACGAAGCUUGAAAAAAACAUCACCACUGCUAGGUCCGCAAUCAUUUAAUUCGUUCUCUCCGAUACCAGAGCAAGAAACGGCCCCAAGAGUUAACCGAAGCCGUUCGAAUACCAGUAUCGACAUCUCAUCACCAGAUAGUGCCACUAUUCCUCCCAUUAUAAAGGCUGCACAAGCUGGGUCACUGGUACAGGUCGAAAUGCAAAUCGGUGGAGGAGCCGAUAUCAAUUGUUACCAUGAACUCACUGGAAGAACGGCGUUAGCUGUUGCCGCACAUUGUGGUAAGGAGGAAGUGGUAGAUUACUUACUACAGAAAGGGGCAAAAUUUGAUACGCAGGGAAUAGACGGCUCAACACCUCUCCAUUUGGCAGCAUCUAGAGGGCAUACCGGCGCUAUUCAAGUUCUUCUAUCGGUAGUCGAGAACAUUGACGUAAAGGAUUCCCUGGGUCGAACCCCAUUCUGGGUAGCUGCUGAAGGCGGCCAUAUUGACUCGACAAGGAUGCUCCUUGGGGCAGGAUGCAAGAUAACGGCUCGAGCCAAAGGGCAAAUGACUGCCUUACACAAGGCUGCAAUCCGAGGUGACGGGGAAAUGGCAGCAUUCCUUCUUCAAUCUGGAGCUGAUAUUGAAGCCAAGGAUGCUAAUAUGAAGUCGGCUUUUCACCAUGCGUGCGAGAAUUGUCAAUAUACCCUCUGUCGCUCUCUAUUUCAAUACAAAGCGGACAUUGAGGCCGUCGAAAUCAAUAGAAGAACACCACUAAUUUGUGCAGCAAUCGCUGGCGAUGUGCGCACGGUGGAGUUUUUAAUUGGGAAGAAAGCCUCCAUACUGGCCACGGAUGAAAGUGGCAUGAAUGCUCUGCAUGCAGCGGCGGCUAACGGCCAUGUCGAAGUCGUUCAGCUUCUAUUGGAAAAGAAAGUUUCCAUAAAGUCAACGAAUAAACUAGGAAUGACACCUCUACACCUUGCAGUCAUGUCUAGACAGUUUGCGGUGGUAGAAUUUCUCCUCCGUAAAGGGGCGCCUACUGAGCUCAAGAGUUCAGGAGGGUUCACUCCGCUUCAUUAUGCCUGCGAUCUGGUAGAUAUUGAAAUUUUUCAGCAUCUUAUCGGUUGUGGGGCAUGCGUCGAGGCGCAGGGGGAAGGACAGCAACGACCCAUUCACAUUGCGGUAGCUCGAAACUCCCUAGAAUUGGUCGAAUUGCUCUGCCAAAAGGGAGCAGUGGUUGAUUCCGCAGAUUCGUCUGGUACUCGGGCCCUCUGCAUUGCCUGUCGCAAUGGCAAUGCCUCAAUAGUUGAGCGCCUGUUAGAACAAGGUGCAGCUACGUUCUGUCCAACUUCCUGGAAUGGCACGCGAGAGGAGCACUCUCCACUGGCUAUAGCAUCCAGAACGGGUGAUGCGCAGAUAGUAACCAUUCUUCUUGAUAAAGGUGCCUCUGUGGAGCAGUACGAUGGAAUGGGCUGGAACCCUCUCUUGUAUGCAGCGCACCACGGACAUGCAGAAGUUUUGCAGUUGCUACUCUUAAAGAGUAGUAUACUCACGAAGAUUAAGCUAGGACAAAUGUUUUCACAGACUGGGUUUCACCCUCAACUUCCCAUCCAACCAGAAAGAGCCCAGAUGAUCCAAAGGCUUGUAUUUGAGAACCCACAGCCUACGUUACAUAGCCAUCACAUCAGAGGAUCUCGUAUGACAGAGAACGUUAGCACCUCCAGUGGUGAUAACAGACAUACCCUACCAGUGAUGCAGGCGUUCUAUCACAAUCCUCCCUCCACAGCAACCCCACCAAUACCAUCAUUUCCGCAGGCUGUUACUGAGCUUCCUGCGUUACCACGCAUUAUGCUCCCUCGCAGCGAGUUCAGCGAGUCGGAUGAGUUGAGUAGUCAAGGCAUACAGCAGCGUCAGGCCACCCCAGAGAUAUCUGCUCGCCCUGGUUUAUUCGAAGCCCCGCAGAAUACUGCUAUGGAGAGUGAUGAUGGGUCGACUAGGACUCAAACCCCUACAGAAGAUAAUUUAUCAGCCACCACCCAUCCAGACAACCAAGAUAAUAGUAACACACGAUCUUAUGCCAACCCGGGGGAUAUAGGAGCCACUCUACUAAGCCAAACAAGUACGCCACUCUCAAUAUUUGAGCACCCUCAACCGACUUCUACGUCGCAUGACCUGCCACUACGGCAUCGAAACCAUCAGUUGGCUGAAAUCUCUCCCUGUAACUCCUUAUAUGGAAACGCACCCACUACUACAGUGUCAAAUGCCCCAAGGCAACCUGCAGAAGAGCAGAUACUAAACAAUCGGGAGAACAACAGAGAAGACCUAGACAAUGACGACUCCGAUAGUGAUUCUGCUGCGUCAGUGUACACUGCACCAGAAGUUCCAACCCCUGAGCUUCCAGAGUUGCCGCAUACAGUAAUGGAAGCAACCAUUUAUGAGCUUGAUGGAACAAGCAUAUCCGUGUAG